AUGCCAUUCAACAUGUUCAAGGCAUUCGGAACAUCCUCUUCUCGCAAUCCCAAUAAUCAUCGUCCUGAUCGCGCAGUCUACAAUGACUACGAGAAUGGAUUUCCAAAACCAGAUCAUCACGAAUCCAUUCCUCCUCCACAGCUGAGAAGGCAUGACACACUGACAAGAAAAAGGAUGGAGCCAGUAUUCACUCCUGUUCCAUCACGUGCGCCUACUGAUGGAGAUGAAUACUACGAUGGCUACGUUCGGGUGGAUAAUCCACAGACUAUUCUAGGGGGAAGUCUCAACGCCCGCCCCACAAGACCAGAAGAUGGGGCCUCUCGGGCAGAUUCUUUCAGUCACGGCAGUGUCUCAGGUCGUCACAUGCCUGACGAUCCUGUUAUCACCCAAAUUCACAGAUCUGAUGACUCAGGGAGCGAUCACACUGUUGAGGCGCUCAGAACGCCAAUGUCUAGUUACUCUAAUGCGAGAGUGGCUUCUGUACACACGCCGGGUAAUUACCCGGGGAAGACCCCUACUAAUAUAUACGGGGACGGCCACGAGAUUCGUCCGAUGCGACACGAAGAAAUCCAUCCAGGAGGCCGGGCACCUCACUCAGGUAGCCACGGUCCUAUCUAUUACAUCAUCCCUGGCGGGGUGAGUGUUAUAUUCCAAGACGAAUACGGGAAUGAAGUCGCGAGAGUUGGCGAUUUCAGCGGGCGUCCUGCACCACGUCCUGCACCCUUUAUUGUGCAGGACAAACAUGGGCGUGAGAUUUACAGGAUUGACUAUAGCUAUGAAGGCCUCGAUCACGAGAGGCCCUACCGUCCCAGGGAUCCAAGAAUGGUUAUGAUGGAUCCCAAUCAACAUAGUUCAAAACGCCCAAGGGGUUACUCGUCCCAGAACUACCACUCUGAUCCCUACAGGCACUAUGAUGACUACUCGUCUCAGAAAUACCACUCCGAUCCCUCGUACAGGCACCACGAUAACUAUUCGUCCCAUAGAUAUCACUCCGAUCCCUCGUACAGGCACCACGAUGACUAUUAUCAUGAGAACAGGGGUAGAGGCUACAGGGAUAGAGACUACAGGGAUAGAGACUACAGAGAUCCCUACCGAGACAGGGAAUAUAGAGACAAGGAAUAUCGAGACAAGGAAUACAGGGACAAGGAAUACAGAGACAAGGAAUACAGAGACAGGGAAUACAGAACCCGGGAUCACCGGGACAGACACCCACGAGAUAAGGGCCACCGUGGAAGGGAUGAUUGGCAGCCCGAGGACCAGCCACGAGGAUCGCAACCACCAACGCACAGGUCAAACAGUCACCGCAGCCACGCUUCCUCGAGCAGGUCUGAGAGGCAAUUUUCACAGUGA